UGUUUAAAUUUGCCAUUAUAUUUGAAUCACACAGGGAAAGGCUGGGGGUGGAGGGGCAAGCUCUGAUUACAAUGCAUAGACGUGUGAGUUUGGUGUUGAUUGUCAAGGGGGGCGGGUGCUAUUUAAAGCCAGACCGCUGACCUGCACGAGUAAGCUGGUCUCUGUUCUGCCUCACUUUGCUUUUGUGAGAUUCACAGUCUUGUAGUUUAGCGUUGGACACGGGGUCACCUGUGCGCAGGAAAUGUUUGCUACUCACAGAAGCAGUCUGACCGAUGUGCGGGUCGUGCACCACGGUCGCCGCCCCAGCCGUCAACUGAGUGUGCCUUCUGAACAGAUAUCCAAGAAUGGACCGCCGAGUAACACGGCAAGAAGGAGCAGCAGCAUUAGCAGCGGCAAGAUGCUGUCCCUGUCCUUCAGCGAAAGUUUGCGGAGCGACAUCGACCGCUACCUGUCCGACCAGGGUCUGUACCCUUUGCAGCCAGGUGGAGGGGAACUUGGUGAAAUUAGGACUUUGAGAGAGGUGCGGGCAGUCGCCCAGCUCAAAAACCUGGAGGAUUUCUUGAGGACCAAUGGAGUGUCUCUGCAAGACUCCAUCUCCUUCCAGACUGGCAUGAGGUACAGGAACCUUGGGAAAUCCGGGUUACGGGUUUCAUGUCUUGGGCUGGGUACCUGGGUCACUUUUGGUGGUCAGGUCACAGAUGAGGUAGCUGAGCAAAUAAUGACGCUCGCGUAUGAAAACGGUAUCAAUCUGUUUGACACGGCCGAAGUGUAUGCGACAGGAAAGGCUGAAAUGGUUCUUGGCAAUAUCAUCAAGAAGAAAGGAUGGAGGCGCUCCAGUUUGGUCAUCACCACUAAAAUAUACUGGGGUGGAAAAGCAGAAACAGAAAGAGGCUUGUCACGAAAACACAUAAUAGAGGGUCUAAAAGCGUCACUGGAGAGACUACAGUUAGAGUAUGUGGAUGUAGUGUUUGCUAACAGACCCGAUCCCAACACACCGAUGGAAGGAGAUCCAUUUAACACUUCAAACUCAAGAACAUUCAUCAUAGAAGAGACGGUUCGAGCGAUGACCCAUGUGAUUAACCAGGGAAUGGCCAUGUAUUGGGGGACUUCCCGCUGGAGCUCCAUGGAGAUUAUGGAGGCAUACUCGGUGGCGAGGCAAUUUAACCUCAUCCCUCCAGUCUGUGAGCAGGCUGAAUAUCACAUGUUUCAGCGAGAGAAGGUGGAAGUACAGUUGCCUGAACUCUUCCAUAAGAUAGGUGUGGGUGCUAUGACCUGGUCUCCUCUGGCCUGUGGGAUCAUCUCAGGGAAGUAUGACAGCGGUGUACCUCCAUGCUCCCGAGCCUCUCUCAAGGGUUACCAGUGGUUGAAGGACAAGAUCCUGAGUGAGGAAGGCCGCCGUCAGCAGGCGAAGCUGAAAGAGUUGCAGGCCAUUGCGGAGCGGCUGGGUUGCACGCUGCCCCAGCUGGCCAUCGCGUGGUGUUUGAGGAAUGAGGGAGUGAGCUGUGUGCUGUUGGGAGCUUCCAGCACCGAUCAACUGAUGGAGAACAUAGGAGCCAUUCAGGUUCUUCCCAAGUUAUCUUCAUCAAUUAUACACGAAGUGGACAGUAUACUAGGCAACAAGCCAUACAGUAAAAAAGACUACAGGUCCUAGAAGAAAACUCUGACUGUGCUUCUUACUAUGACUGAAUAAAACACGGGACCAGCACUGUCACGAGUCCCUCAGGAGAUGCCAACCCGCACAAUACUCAGAGUCUGCUACUGUAAUAUUAGCCUGAGAAGAGGCACAGAUGCGCACAGGUAGACCGGAAGCAUGCUCACGAACAAAUCAGCUAGUACGGCUCAAUAAACAGCCAGUCCCAACACUAAGAAGAAGAAACCACUCGCUCGCUUCCAUCCCUUCGUAGUAAACACUAAAGAAGUGCAUUGUUAGGAUUCCAGACUUAUUCUAGAGAUGCAUGAGAUCCACCGGCCAAUGCACGUGUGCUGCUUUCCUUCCAUUUUGGAAAAGUGCAUUCGCAUAAGCUAACAGGGAGAAAAUGUAUCCCUAAACAAAUGGUACUGAAGAAGCACUUUACUGAUAAACAUAAAAAUCGUUUUUAUGAUUGACUGUAUUGAUAGCGAAUAUACUGCUUGUUGUAAGACUGUCAGAAAUAUUAAAACCACUGUCAGAUACAGGCCUCUACAAAUGUGCAAUAUCUGUAAGGGUCCAUAAACCCAGCUUACUUACAAAGCUUUUUUAAAAAGAAAAUUGUCAGUAUUUGGUGUACAGAUGAUGAGUUGAUUCUGAAACCAAAGAGUUUUGUGUGUCAUCUGUCCUGCUGUUUCCAUCCAAGAUAAAUAAAAAAAGGCACAAGA